CCUCCCCUCACCUUCCCCUUCCAUUAACCGGCUAGCACUGCGCGGGUCGCCCGUUCUCGUGACUUCCAGUGGCUGCGAUUACGCCACAGAAGCCAGGCAGACAUUCCAAGUUUGUUAUUCAGAGCCAGUGGAUCUUCAUCUUCAUCUCCCAGUCGCCUUCACCACAAUGACUACGCCCGUCGCACUUGUGACAGGAUCGAACAAAGGUAUAGGGUUUGGUAUUGUGAAAGGCUUAUGCGAGAAGUUCCCUGGGAUCGUUUAUUUAACUGCACGAGAUGAGGGUCGGGGUAAAGCUGCUGUUGCAGAAUUGAACAAGCUUGGUUUGAAACCAGAGUUUCAUCAGCUAGAUGUUACCAAUAAAGAUAGUAUUCUUGCUUUGAAGAAUUUCAUCAAAGAGAAGCAUGGGGGUCUUGAUGUCCUGGUAAACAACGCUGGCAUUGCUUUUAAGCAUGCAGCAACAGAUCCAUUCAGUGUUCAGGCUGAAGUAACCUUAGCAACAAAUUAUUUUGCCUUGGUCGACACCUGCCGAGAACUGUUUCCCUUGUUGCGCCCCCAUGCAAGAGUUGUGAAUCUGUCCAGUUCCGCUGGCCAUCUUCUGCGUAUUCCUGGAGAAGCAAUUCGAAAGAAAUUAUUGAAUCCUGCCCUCACUAUUGACGAGCUGUCAAAUUUGAUGCAAAGCUUUGUACAGGCUGCAAAGGAUGGCAACCAUGAAUCACUUGGUUGGGGAAACGGUGCCUAUGUCGUGUCCAAAGUUGGUGUGAGCAAACUGUCAUUCAUCCAGCAGGCUGAAUUUGACAAAAAUGGCCCUGAGGACGUUGUUGUGAAUGCUGUCCAUCCUGGAUAUGUUGACACUGAUAUGACAAGUCACCAAGGACCACUGACAAUUGCUGAAGGUUCUGCUGCUGCUGUCUAUCUUUCUCUGCUGCCUCCCAAUGUGAAGGAGCCCCGUGGAGCCUAUGUUUGGCAUGAUAAGAGGAUCGUUGCCUGGGAUCAACCAACACCAGCUGCAGUUUAGUGCUGACGCUCGUUUGUGAGUCAUAAUUUCCUUUGUCCUUGACUAACAAUUCUCCAAUCUGAACAUAACCAUCACCGGCAGCAAUUUGUUGCUGACUGUGUUGUGUGAGUUGCGUCACUCUGUGCACUAAUUCGUACUAGGUUUUGUUUAUGUGGCAUGGUUUGAGAAUUCAAGGGUGAAAGAAACAACGUUUUAUGGAAUAAAUGGAUGAACAACA